AUGGACAACGUAGAGAAAUCUAUCAUGAUCUACAUGAAGAACGAGAACGGCGUAGCUGUGCCGAUAUACGUGGGCAAAAAUGAUCGAGUGGAGGCAAUUUACAUGGAAGCGGCAACUACCCGAGCGAUCCAUCGUGGUUCAUUGAAAGGGAAAGCUUUCUUCCACAACGGGCAUCGCCUAAAAUCCACCGAUGUCAUCGGAGACGUAGGGAUCGAACAUCACGAUACAGUACGCUUGAUGAUUACGGACUCUGCUCAUCUUCCCACAAUGGUCGGAAAGGGCCCAGAAGACGCUGUCCUUUCCUACGAAUUCAGUUGCAACGCGCAUGCACCGCUUCUACGAGCGACUGUUCGAAGAUUAAUGAGUCGAUUGGUCCACAUCGUCAACCAAGCAUACAAGGUGAUGAAAUUCUUUCUCUUUUAA